UGCUCUGCUCUGUUUCGUUUUUCUCUCUUCUCGCUUUUAGAUAAUCAUUACAGAAACUGCAACAGAGAUUUGUUACAAUGGAGUGGGUUCGAGGAGAAACCAUCGGGUACGGAACUUUUUCUACAGUUACUCUAGCGACGCCGGCUAACGACGUUUCCGGCGCAUUUCCUCAAGUUAUGGCCGUUAAAUCUGCAGACUCACACGGUGCUGCUUCGCUCGCGAACGAGAAAUGGGUUCUGGAUACACUCGGAGACGAUUGCGACGAGAUCGUACGGUGUCUCGGCGAGGAUCGGACGGUGGAAAACGGCGAAGAGAUGCAUAACUUGUUUCUGGAGUUCGCUUCGAGAGGAAGCUUAGCGAGCCAUCUCAAGAAAUUAAACGGUGAGGGUCUACCGGAAUCCACUGUGCGUCGCCACACAGGAUCCGUGCUUCGUGGUCUACGAUAUAUCCACGCCAAAGGAUUCGCUCACUGCGAUUUAAAACUCGGGAAUAUUCUGUUAUUCGGUGACGGCGCCGUUAAGAUCGCGGAUUUCGGAUUGGCGAAGAGGGCGGGGGAAGUAACGGCGUCAGUGGACGGAGGAGUGCAGAUUAGAGGAACGCCGUUGUAUAUGGCGCCGGAAUCCGUUAACGAUAACGAGUACGGAUCAGAAGCUGACGUGUGGGCUUUGGGAUGCGCCGUUGUUGAGAUGUUUAGUGGCAAAACGGCGUGGAGUUUUAAGGAAGGAUCGCACUUCAUGUCGUUGUUGAUACGCAUCGGUGUCGGAGACGAGCUUCCGAGGAUUCCCGAGGACUUGUCGGAACAAGGAAGAGAUUUUCUGACAAAGUGUUUCGUUAAGGAUCCCAAGAAGAGAUGGACGGCUGAGAUGCUUCUGAACCAUCCAUUCGUAGCCGUCGAUCUUGAUCACGACGAUUUUGAAGAAGUCGAUAUUCAACUGAAAACAGAGGAGGUGUUUGCAUCGCCGAGAUGCCCAUUCGAAUUCUCCAGUUGGGUUUCUGCUUCCUCCGAUUCGGGAACGCAGUGUCAUACGUUGGAGGCGCCGGAGGAGAGAGUUGCAACUCUAGCGGCUGUUUCGAUCCCUGAUUGGUCUGUCACCAAUAACUGGGUCAUCGUACGGUGACGGUAGUGAGUAAAAAACAAGGGACAAAAACAGAAUUGUAUCGGAAGGCUAGAGCUUUUAGUCCUAGUCGAUCCGAAAAUUUUAUUAAAUUCGUUAAUACCUUUGUUAAUAGAAAGAAAAUUUUGUAUAUGUUAUUAUUGAGCCCUACCUAGUAUAUGGAAAUGCUAAUUUUGUUUUCAUCACCCCUAAUCUAAAUUCUCUUUCUACA